ACUUUUCUCUCAGCGAUGGCUCUCCUGCACAGUGUCCUCUCUCCGGUCCUCAGCUGGAUGCGUCUCUAUUCACUAAUGUACAUUUUCAGUACUGGACUGCUUGCUGUGGUUGCAGUUUUGACUGUGAGGAAAGUCUGGUACUCUCACAGGCUGUCAUGCUUCAGCAAACCACAGGCACGCUCAUGGCUGUUGGGCCAUCUGGGGCAGAUCCAGAGCACAGAAGAAGGUCUCCAGCAGAUGGAUGAUCUGGUGAAGACAUACAAACACUCCUGCUGCUGGUUCCUCGGUCCUUUCUAUCACUUGAUCAGACUCUUCCACCCUGACUAUGUCAAACCUCUGUUAAUGGCACCUGCCAGCAUGACGGUGAAAAAAGGGCUCAUUUAUCACCACCUACAGCCUUGGCUGGGACACAGUGUGUUGAUCAGUAAUGGCGAGGUUUGGUCUCGCAAAAGACGACUGCUGACUCCAGCUUUUCAUUUUGAUAUUUUGAAGAGCUACAUUACCAUAUUUAACUCCUCGUCUAAAAUCAUGCAUGUAAGAUACACACAGCCAUGCAUACAGUUAUGCACAAAACAAUUUUUGGUUUUCGUGACCAUUUAGACAAGCAAACAUUUGAUCCAUUUUGAAAUGCCGCCUGUUGGUAAAAGUGGUGCAGCCAUGAGGAAAAUUAGCUUUACAAUUAGUUUUAGAUGCUUAAUGAGUCAUCAAAGUUGAUUAGUAGUAGGCCGGACGAGUAAAACUUAUUAAAUUU